AAUACGCAACAUAACCCAGAUGUCACUUUGUUUAUCUGGGACAAAUCUAACAGCCAUGACGUGUCUAUCUCAUGCUUGGAAUUCCAUCAAGCUUCUCAUCAUGCCGCCCAGGAAAUCAAACCAGGUCGUGCAGGAGCAGGCAAGGAGAUCGUCGCUCUGGUCGGGAACUCAGACACCCUCCUUUGCCUGGCAGUAAUUCCUAGGUGUCGUCUUCACUAG